GCAUUUUAUGCCGCCUCCGCCCUCCACGAAGCCUUUGUAGAUUCUUCUGCUCUCUCUCUUUCCCUUUCUCUCGCGGUUUUGCAACUCGCACGACGGUUUUAUAAUUUUUGCCUUGUUUUGGGCAAGGCAAAGCAACAGAGCGAGACGAAACCCUAACCCUCAAUCAUAACCCUAAAGAUCGUGGGUAAUAGAAGAAGAGGAAGAGAGGAAUGGAGAGCUCGUCUCCAUCGGUGCCGUUUCCGCUCCUCCAGACGCCGAUCGAGUCCAACUACAGGGCCUGCACGAUUCCCUACCGGUUCCCCUCUGACAAUCCCCGAAAGGCGACGCCGAUCGAGAUCGAGUGGAUCGAUCUCUUCCUCAACUCCGUGACCUCCUUCAGGCAACGGGCAGAGAAUGACCCUACAGUCGCUGAUGCCCCUGUUAAAGCUGAAAAAUUUGCUCAGAGAUACACAGCAAUUCUUGAGGACUUGAAGAAAAAUCCUGAGAGUCAUGGUGGGCCACCAGAUUGCACUCUUCUUUGCAGGCUUCGCGAGCAAGUCCUUAGAGAAUUGGGAUUUACAGAUAUAUUCAAGAAGGUUAAGGAUGAGGAGAAUGCAAAAGCUAUUUCUCUCUUUAAGGAUGUUGUGCGGCUUAAUGAUGCUAUUGAAGAUGAGGGUAAACGUGUAGAGAACUUGAUUAGGGGAAUAUUGGCUGGCAACAUAUUUGAUUUGGGAUCUGCUCAGCUUGCAGAGGUUUUUGCGAAGGAUGGUAUGUCCUUUUUGGCAAGUUGUCAGAAUCUUGUCCCUCGACCUUGGGUUAUUGAUGACUUGGAUGUGUUUAAAAUGAAAUGGAUUAAGAAGUCCUGGAAAAAGGCUGUCAUUUUUGUAGAUAAUUCUGGUGCAGAUAUCAUACUGGGUAUAUUGCCAUUUGCAAGAGACUUACUCCGCCGAGGAACAAAGGUGGUUCUAGCAGCUAAUGACUUGCCUUCAAUCAAUGAUGUUACAUAUCCUGAGUUGAUUGAGAUUAUUUCAAAGCUGAAGGAUGAAAACGGGCAACUUGUGGGUGUUGAUGCAUCUGGUCUUCUUGUUGCGAAUUCUGGCAAUGAUUUGCCGGUCAUUGAUCUUACAAGUGUCUCACCAGAGCUAGCAUAUCUGGCGAGUGAUGCAGACCUAGUCAUAUUGGAGGGAAUGGGAAGGGCGAUAGAGACUAACCUUUAUGCUCAAAUGAAAUGUGAUUCAAUCAAGAUUGGGAUGGUCAAGCACCCAGAGGUUGCUCAGUUCUUGGGAGGGAGGCUUUAUGAUUGUGUGUUCAAGUACAAUGAGGUUUCAAAUUACUGAGGCAGCUUUAAGACAAUCAUUUUCUUCUAUUUUUCUUGUGUGCAACUCGCGUAAGCUACGUAAUCUACGCAUCAAGGUUUUCACUCUAAGCAUACAGGAAAAGAAAGGCUGGCCAGGCCCAUGACGGACAAAUAAUUAUUUAUACUACUUCGCAGUGUAAUAGGGUCAGAUUGCUUUACAAAUAAAAAGAGUAGGAAAAUUGUUUUGUAUUUGGACGGAGAAUAUUCCAAGAAUGCUUUAAUGUUACAAGAAUGCAGCCAUACAUGUAUGUCAGCUUCAAAAUAUACAUUGUAACAGAUGAAUUUUACCCUAGAAUUUUACAGUUCCAGUUUAACAUAGGUGCAUUUUUUC